AUGAAUGUGAUGGGAUGUCUGAGGCGACCAAACUGUGUCCUUUUUGGAGGCAGAGCUAACCUGACGAAAAGCAGUGGCAGUGAGGUUUUGGCUUUACAGCAGUUCGCAUGGAAUGGGAAGGGUAUGAAGAAUCAGCAUCAGCAUGUGGAUGCGCCUGUUGUUGUAGUCACCGGAGCCUCCAGAGGCAUUGGCCGCGCUAUUGCACUCUCCUUCGGUAAAGCCUCUUCCAAGGUCCUCGUCAACUAUGCCACCUCAUACACGCAAGCUCAGGAGGUUUCUAAUUUGAUUGAGGCAUUUGGUGGACAAGCUCUUACUUUUGCUGGAGACGUUUCCAAUGAGGCUGAUGUGGAGUCUAUGAUUAAAACUGCAGUGGAUACAUGGGGAACUGUUGAUGUAUUGGUAAAUAAUGCAGGAAUUACUCGGGAUGGUUUGUUAAUGAGAAUGAAGAAAUCACAAUGGCAGGACGUCAUUGAUCUAAAUCUCACCAGUGUUUUUCUUUGCACUCAGGCAGCAGCAAAGAUUAUGACGAUGAAGAAGAAGGGAAGGAUAGUGAAUAUUGCAUCAGUUAUAGGUGUGGUUGGGAAUGUUGGACAAGCCAAUUAUAGUGCUGCAAAAGCAGGCGUAAUUGGCCUAACAAAAUCUGCUGCGAGGGAAUAUGCUAGCAGAAACAUCACUGUUAAUGCGGUUGCCCCAGGGUUUAUUGCAUCUGAUAUGACUGCAAAACUAGGACAAGACAUUGAGAAAAAAAUAUUGGAGGCAAUUCCUUUAGGAAGAUUUGGUCAACCUGAAGAAGUAGCUGGACUAGUGGAAUUCUUGGCUCUUAGUCCUGCUGCUAAUUACAUCACUGGGCAGGUGUUCACUAUUGAUGGGGGUAUGGCGAUGUAA